AUGAAAACGACUUGGAAAGACAUUGCCCCAGUGCCGACAAGCACAGAGUUCUUAGAUAUCGUCUUAAGUCGCACACAACGAAGGCUACCGACUCAGAUCAGAGCCGGUUUUGCCAUCAGCAGAAUCAGAAAUUUUUACACGCGAAAGGUCAAAUUCACGCAGGAGACCUUCACCGAGAAGCUCUCUUUAAUUCUCGAUGGCUUCCCUCGCCUCCAAGAUAUCCACCCCUUUCACAGGGACUUGCUCAAUACUCUUUACGACGCAGAUCAUUUUAGAAUUGCUCUUGGGCAGCUCUCAACCGCGAAGCACCUAAUAGAAAUCGUUUCCCGAGAUUAUGUGCGACUCCUCAAAUAUGCGCAAUCUUUAUUCCAAUGUAAACAGCUUAAGCGCGCCGCUCUAGGUCGAAUGGCGACAAUAUGCAGGAGAUUAAAAGAUCCUCUUCUAUAUCUCGAUCAAGUUCGUCAGCAUCUUGGUCGUCUUCCUUCCAUUGAUCCUAACACUAGAACACUUCUCAUCUGCGGCUACCCAAAUGUUGGAAAGUCAAGUUUCUUGAAAAGUGUAACGAGAGCAGACGUUGAUGUUCAACCGUACGCCUUCACUACCAAAAGUUUAUUUGUUGGUCACUUUGACUAUAAAUAUUUAAGAUUCCAAGCCAUAGAUACCCCGGGAAUAUUAGAUCAUCCCCUGGAAGAAAUGAACACGAUCGAAAUGCAAUCAAUUACUGCCAUUGCGCACCUUAGAUCUGCCAUUCUAUACUUCAUGGAUCUUUCUGAGCAGUGUGGCUACUCUGUUCAGGCGCAAAUUCAGUUAUUUCAUAGUAUCAAACCGUUGUUCGCAAACAAACUUGUCUUCAUCGUUAUUAACAAAAUUGAUAUCACCAAACCCGAAGAUCUUGAUCAAGAAACGCAAGACCAGCUCAACAAUCUCCUGAAGCCUGGAGACGUUGAGAUGUUACAGCUAUCAUGCACCACUACAGAAGGCGUCCAGGAGGUUAAAAAUGCUGCGUGUGAGAGUGGGACCGUUGGAAGUCGACUAUCAGAUGUGUUAAGUCGGAUCCACGUCGCAAAGCCUAUGAAUGGCAUAGUAUGUGAGACUUUCAUCCCAGAAAGUGUCUUAAAACUAAAAAAAUAUGACAAAAACGACCCAGAACGACGAAAACUUGCUAGAGAUCUCCAAGAAGAGCAAGGAGGAGCAGGAGUGUUCAAUGUUGAUCUGAAGAAAGAUUAUAUUCUUGAAAAAGAUGAAUGGAAGUACGAUAAGAUCCCUGAGAUAUACGACGGGAAAAACGUUUACGACUUCAUCGACCCUGACAUCGAGGAAAAGCUAGCCGCGUUAGAAGCGGAAGAAGAAAAGCUUGAGGCAGAAGGUUACUAUGAUUCAGACGAAGAGUUAGAGGAUGACGAAGAAGCUGAAAUCCGGUUAAAGGCCGACUUAAUUCGUGAGAAGCGAAUGUUAAUCCGGAACGAAGCUAAGAUGAAGAAAUCCUUGAAAAAUCGAGCCAUAAUUCCAAGAAACGCCACUCGUAAAAACCUAUCUGAGAUGGAAGACCAUCUUGAUUCUCUGGGAUUGGAUACCACUGGCAUUGUUGCCCGAGCACGCUCUCAGUCAAGGGGUCGUGUGCCACUAAGAAAGCGUGGUGAUACUGCUGAUGCAAUGGACUUAGAUGAUCCACAAUACGAGGCUAAAAUGCGAGCUAAGAGUCGAGCUAGAAGUCAGAGUAACAGGCGUGAAGAUGGUGUCACAAACGAGAUUUCUAGGACAAAAGCAGAAAGAGCUCACAAACUAAGUCAGAGAAAAAUGAAUAGAAUGGCUAGGCAAGGAGAGGCAGAUCGACACAUCGGUGCAGCAAUGCCAAAACAUCUAUUCUCCGGGAAACGAGGCAUGGGGAAGACCAACAGCCGCUAG